AGAAAGAGAAUGGUCUUAAAUGGAUAUUUGUCUGUUGAGUUUGACAUUAAGUCUCCGGCUAACGAAUUCUUUCAAACAUACAUCGAGAUAAUGGAUCUCCCUAAAGCCAAUGCCAUGGUGAAGACCGAGGUUAUAGCUUUUGGGAAGAAGAAGACUACAUAUAGAAUGUGCGGCUUUCACAUAUCGGAGUGGUACAAGACGCUCAGAGGAACAAUCGACAAGGCCACGUGGCAAAACCCGGAUUUUUACAGAAAGCUCGAAGGAACCAUGACCGUCACUCAUGUGGAAGACAAUGACCGUGACCGUGCGACGUUGACCGUGGAGUACGAGAAGACCCGCCCUGACAUCGAAGACCCAAAAUCCAUCAUGGACACUAUUGUCGACUUCUUUAAGGAAUUGGAUAAGUAUCUUCUUGAAUCAUUGAAAUAG